UCUCUCUCCGCCUUAGAAAACAACUUCGCUAUGUAAUGAAAUGAUCCCUGACUUGAAACUUGAACUUUUCUCCCCCCAAAAACCACCGUCUUCAUGGAUUAACGAAGUCAAUACCCAAAAUUCCGUUGACUCCUUUUUUUAACCUUGCUUUAGCUCUGGCUUGACGAACCCCUCGUGCUCCCCUCGUCACCUUUUCUCUACCAUUUCCGUGUCCCCCCCAUCCCUCGAUCAACACAAACCCCCGUCAAAACAGUCGCAUUCUAUUCAACGGUCCGAACUGUUGUUUUUCUCGGGUGAGAGGGAUUACUAUCUAUAACCUCACGUGUCUGCCUGGUGGCAACACGCCGUAGGAGUUUUGGCUUGGGUAACCAACAUGUUCCGGAGACGAAGGAGCUCGUCGCAUCAUCAACAACCACUCUCUACAUCUAAUGCGCAAUCGGCUCAGUCGGCCGCCUCCCAUGCUUUCCUCAAAUCUCAACCCUCCUCAUCGAGUCUUUCAUCCGCCGCCGCCGCCGCUGCCUUGCGGAGUCUCACGCCCACACCGACUCCCGUGGAAAAUGUUCAGACAAAGCGGAUGAUCCAGCGGCGCGCUUCCGUCGCCUCUCAGUCCAGCCUCUCCGGCGGUUUGCACCCGUCCAGUCAGAAUGCUCUUCGUCGGGCCAAUAGCUCAAGCUCUAUGAGCAGCCGGACUUUCCGAGAUCAGUCACCUCAUCGUCCCACUUCUAGUUCUGGCCCAGUCCUCAUCGCCCCUCCCAUCCCUUCAAUUCCCCGGGAAUAUGCGACACGAACCCCCCCCAAUCGGCGCUCAGUAAGUGUCGGGCCGUCCAUGCGACCGACGUCCCCCGUGAAGCGGCAGCCGUUUGGUCGAGGUGCCAGCGUUGAUCCGGAUGUCAGAGGGUCGGACCAGGUACCGGAAAUCCAGAGGGCCGGAAGUAGGAAUUCGAUCAACUUCUCCUACCCGAUGAUCUCUCGGCCUAACUCUCCAACUCUGGCUUCGGAGCCUCUUGACAGACGGGACACCUCCGCCUGCGCAUCCAUAGCUAGCCAUUUAUCAUCUGCCGAUUCCCCGAAAGCGCAAAAAUCUCCUCCCCAGACUGCCAAUGUUUCCGCACGGAGGAAGACAAGAGAGGUAGUUUCUGGUAGUCCCGGAAGAGGUGCUCAGCCGGUAGACACUGCGGUUUUAGCGGCGCAAGCGGCAAUAGUACCCCGAAAUGAUGAAGCUACAUACCAAUCAUCCCCUCCUCGCUUGGCUGCGCACCGAGAUCAGAAUGCCAGAGACCAAGCAUCUAGGGGGCCUAUAGCUUACCAAGCUCGCGACCAGCCAGUACGUGAUCAGCCAGUACACGACCAGCAUCAGCCUCGUGACCCUGCCCGUAGUGGACAUCUUCUAGAGCCAGAUCAUCAACAGCCACCGUCACGUCCAGUGCUUACAAAACGACCUUCGACUGUUCCUGAAGAUUACCAGGGGGAGGAACGUGCGGAAGCAGGCGUGCCGAUGGAGGGAAUUGAGCCGGUGCCGGUCGAGCCAUCGUUGUCGGAGACCCUGCCUAUUGCCCGGACACCAACGCCUGAAAAGUUAAAGGACCAAUUACCGAGCUCCAUCGUCAGCUCACCGGAGUCUACCAGUUCGUUCGGCCCUGACCGGGAAUCCCAACUGCCGCGAGCCUGCCAGCCGAGCAGCCCUGGGAGAUCGGCUCGCUUCUCCAACCAGCUCUCGGUUAUGAGCAUUGUUGGAGAGCACUUGCAUCAACCUCCUCCCCGGUCAGUGUCUCCUGCCAAAUCAGCAAUGAAGAACCCGAGAAAGUGCUCGCUAUCCCCUGACGGUAGGACUGGAGUAGUGCUGCGGCCCGGCCCCGCUCUCAGCGAACUCUCAGAUGGGACUUCUGUGGGAUCUGAUGAGGGUUCUAGGCUCGGGUUCCGAAGAAAGCCCGUCAAGGUCAGUUUCGAUGAUGAAGCGGAAGUGGUUGGGGUAGCAGCAAGUCCACCAACCUCCCCAGAAGCUACUAGUUUUGAGUCGCCUCCAGUGAAGUCGAAGGGAAGGACAAGUUGGUUUGGAAUGAGUAAAAAGAAAUCCGCAGCUGCCGGAUCAGAUGGAUUUGAUGAAGUGUUCAAGCCUCGACCUGAGCUCCCUUCGUUUGGUAGUGUACGACGGAGCAAGGAUGGCGAGCAUCAAGAACCAGUUCGGCAGGAAUCAAGUGAUAACGAGUCGACAGCUUCCUCAGAGCCUCACGUGUCUUCGAGUUCUUUUUCGAAUGACCAUGCUAUCGGAGCCAUACUAUCCAACACUCAGUCAGAGGACGCCCAUGCACAACUCAAAGAAACAACAUCGCCUACCCCUGCAGUGGUGGCUAAGAGGGGAGCACUCACAGAGACUCUGGGUGAAAAAGGUCCCGUUCUCCAAGGAGACUUACAAAAUACACAGGGUGUCCGGCCAGUGCCAUUAAAUUCGCUUCAAGAUGAAGGAAAGCAGGAGCCCAAUCAAAACCUACCAAUGCCUGGGAUCGCGGUCCAACCAGCGACCCCUGAAGGUGAAAAAGGGCGCUCGAGCCUUGACUGGUAUACCGUGCCAGGAGGAUUUCCGCGAUCAUCUUUAGAGUUCGAUUCCACAAGCCACGACUCUACUAGGCGGAAAGACAAGAAGCAGCCCACAGGCGAUACUGCCGUCGAUAUAACUCGGAGCAAUAUAAGCGAUGACGAGUCCGGCGAGAGUAUAUACAGUGAUGCUGAAGAAGGGCUUGAGAGCGAUGUUUUUGGUUCUAUUAAUGCUGUCGUUGAUGAACCCCUGUCUGAGCAGCACAAAGAUGUAGUGGAAGUGCAUGUGACUACAGAUGAUAACAUGCGCAGGAUUGAGGAAGGACCAUCUAACUUGCCUGACAUUCCGCAAACCUGUCAGAUUGCUCGCGUGGUAAACCCUGUACACACUUUAUCUCUCUCACCAGUUCCAGAAUCGCCGGCCUCUUCACACGAGCGACUUCCGUACUCGUCUCCGUACCCUCCAUUCCCUGUACGGGCCAACAGUAACACGAAUGUACGAGAAAUCCCACGUUCCUCUAUAGCUACAAGCAAGGAAAACCGAUCUAUACUGGUGAAUGGUCAGGGGGAUUGUCCUGUGCGUGAAACAACCAGCUCAAUUAUCCAAGGCGGCCCACUUCAACCACAAUCCGGAAACGCUACAUAUCAGCCACGGCAUAAAGCUGGCUACGAACAGAUCAAAAAGCGACCCGCUUCAUGGGCCCCAAAUCUACUUAAUGGUGUGGUUGCAGGUCUAGAUGACGAACUGCAUGCCAAUGCGAAAAGCUCUGAGCCUCAAAGGCCGUUGUCGAACGGCAGUGAUUCAUCUAGCAGCUUCAAAAGAUCGAAUCGUCCCCGGAAAAAUUCGCCACACACCAUACGACAGACUUUACGAGGUCACUCAAGCAGUCCAUUACGGACUUCUUCCCCUCAUAGAACGAGAUCACCGCCUACUAAUAGCCGGCCUCUUUCGUCGGGCUCAGGCACUGGUACUCUACGUGUCACUCUGCGGUCGAGUGACCCUCGGCGUGAAAAACAUGCUUUUUUCUCUACUGGAAAAGUGCAGAGGGCCAGGAAUGCAAGGGUGUCUGGGGCACUGUUUUCAUCACGUUUCGCGGAGUCAGACGAUGAACAGGACACCAGUCAACACAGAUGGCAAAGUCGAUUCGGAGAUUCAAGCGACGAUGAGGACUGCGUAAUGAGCAAACUCCCUCCUGUUCGCGGCAUCCCUCGGCGAGAAGGAGCCCAUGAUGGUGACUCGACAGAGUUAGAAGAUAGCUCUGAUAACGAACAGUCAGCCCCAGUCGCCAAGGAUCAAGCAACUAACCUCAAAACUGCCCGGAACCCUGCGCUUGCAGCUGUGGCCAAAUCUCGUGGGAUGUCUGAGGAAGAAAUGGAGGAGUUUCUCCGACAACCCAAUGGACGCAGAAAUAGUCUGCUUCAUCGUUUCAGCAUCAGAAAGCCUAGAGCACUGUCGGAGCAUAGAAUCCCCCGGGGCCACCCGGAAAGCAGAAACAGCUCCCUAAACCCAGAUCAAGUACAUGAAGAUCUUGGACUCAAUGGUGGUCGGGGGAAUACUAUCACGACGAUAACCGCAAACAACAUUAGGCCAGCCUCUUCCCCCAGACGCCUUAGGAGGGGAAUCUCCAGGUCAUCCAAUGGCGACAGCUGGCCCCUCCGCUCCGAUCGCAAAGAGGUGGACACUGACGCUCCUUCCUCGUCCCUGUAUCCCGCUGGGCGGCCUAGGACAGCAGACGGAGCCUUUCGAAAUGGCAGUACAGCAUCAAAUGCCGUGGAUCCUAACACCGGGAAAGCCGACUUGGCUGGCACCAAUGCCACGGAUGCCAUGGAAGUAGGUUUCGCCUCCGGUCGAAAGAAGCGUUUCCCUCGGCUGCGGAAGGCAUUUGGCCUGCGAAUCUAGGCCUGUUCUUCUUUAUAGUAUGGGCCGCACUAUUCUUCCCAUGUUUAUGACACGUCUGCUUUAAUAUUCGAUUUAUUCUUCAUAUGUUAUUUUUAAUACGUUCGCCUGCUGUCUGUGACUAGGAGGCUCUACCUAUACAAGGAGUUGGUGGCACCAGGAAACAAAAGACUAAUGAGAUACGGCUCACCUAUACACGCUUUCAGCGGCCGAGAUUGUCUCAGCACCGCAGGUAGAGUGUACACUACUAUGUUGAUUU